AUGGCUAUCAAACGACCCAGGUCAGCACAUCAUAAUCGAGGCGGGGACAAAGCCAGCGAAUCACUCCCAAUGUCACCCUCAUCAUCGUCAUCUACCGAUUCGGAUAACCGGAGGGAACCCAAGCGGACAAAGAAAGCAGCCACACGCGACAAGGUCAACGCUCCCUCCGAAACAUCCUCAUCGCCAUCAUCUUCGGACGAAGCUCAAGACGAGCCAGAAAACUCAACAGACUGGAACCAGAAGGAAGGUUCCUCGGUUCAAAAGAAGAAAAAUUCGACCUUGGCCGAACACGCCAAGCGCAGGCUUAGUGGAAAGUUUGGUAUGGUUCGGAAGAGCAUGAAUUUCGAACAACCUUCGGUUCAUUCAUCCCCUGCCCGAGUUCCCGGUAACGGAAGGGUAGGCGCACUCGCACGAGCAAGGGAAAAUCAUGCAAAAGCGCGUCAAAGCAUUGGAAUCGCCCAAGACAAUCCUUUGGUGAUCAGUACUGAGGUCAUGAAUAACAACUAUGACGAAUGGAUGAAGAUGGCCACUGAUAAUAAAAUCAACGUCAAUAACACGUGGUCGUUUGCUUUGAUCGAUUACUUCCACGACAUGUCCCUCUUGCGGAAUCCAGAAGCAGAGGGCGGAAUCAACUUUCAAAAAGCAUCCUGUACUCUAGAUGGUUGCGUCAAAAUCUGGACUUCUCGAGUUGAUAGUGUGGCUACCGAGACGGGAAAGCUACUGUCAGGCCUUGCGGAGGAAGCCAACAAUAUUUCCAACCAGAUUGAUGGCGAAGACGAUGAGGAUGUCGGAGAUGUGUCAGGACUCAAAGCGCCCAAAAAAACUCGAAUUCGGGCAACCAAUUCAACCUCACUGGUCGACUUUAAUGAGAAAAUCAAAGUCAAAGAACUGGAACUUGAAUUCACAGUUGAUCCCUUAUUUAAAAAGACUUGUGCAGACUUCGACGAAGGUGGAUCCGGUGGUAUUUUAAUGAGUCAUUUGUCUGUUGACAGUUCAAUGACUAUCAUUUUCGACGCCAGUGGAAAGCCAUUUUCGCAAAACUCUGACGAGGAUCAGGCGACUCGGGAUAUAGCAGAAGAACGUCCAACACUGCUGGAUGUUUCCAAAUUGAAAUCUGCGUUCCUGGAUUCAGUUGAAGGCUUCCAGGCUCGGUCGAUAUGCCCUUGUCUGUCGAAUUUCAAAUUUUCUACAUCGGACUCAACUCAAUCCUUUGAAGGUCUUGCCGCGUUGGCCAACAUCCUGGACAAACCUGAGGAGCCACCUGUUGCUCAUGAUACGCAUGAUGCGGGAAAUGACUUCUUCGACACAAACGAGUCACCCAACCUCGGCGAAGAUAAUUUUCAGAUGCCAGACCAUGAAGACGGAGAUGAUGAGGGAGUAGAUAUGGGUGAAGCUUUCAAUCCGAGUGGUAUUCCCAAUCAAAGAGACCUUUUCAUGGCGCUCGUUGAUGACAAUUCGAAGCACGCUGAAGGAGGACAGAGCGUCUUCGGUCAAGAGAGUACCGGGAUGUUCGAUUAUUUUGAUAAAAGUAUGAAGAAGAGCUGGGCUGGUCCUGAGCAUUGGAAGUUGAGGCGGACUGUUGCUUUCAAAUCCCGAGAUGACGAGAACACAACGACAGUCAAUCGUACCAAGCGAGAAAAAUCGACGUUUUCAUUUGAUUUUCUAAAACCUUUAGAAAAUGCUCGCAAGUCGAUUUUCCAGGCUGGUUCUGCGAGCUUGACCUUGCCUGGAUACAAGCCGCCGAAGCCCAAGUCACAGCGGAGAAUGAUCAAAAGGAUUGUUGGUAGCAAGGCCGCUAUUGGAUCCAAGCAGAUGUUGGAACAGCACUGCUUACCAGACGAUAUGCAUUUUAAUGCUUCCCAACUAUUGAGAUUUGACAUGAAACCGAAGACUACGUUCAAUAUGCGCGUAAAAGCGUCGGGUUCCUUGGCUCACCAUCCUGGUGCUGAUAUCGAUGAAAACUAUUGGGCUCGCACUGCGGCAGCAGCUGCAGCGCAAAACAAUCCAGACCAGACAAAUCAAGAAGAAGAUUCCAAUGAUGCGAUCCCAUUCGCGACCCAGUUUUUCCAGGAUGAACCGGAUGAUCAGCCUGAUUUCGAAGAAGAGUUUGAUAAUCCAGUCGGAAUGACAGUCAACCUCUCUGUUGAUCCUGACGACACCACUAUGAAUGAUGCUUCAAAGACCAACGAGGAUGAACAUGAUCUGAUUGCUGCCACUCAGAAUCUUAACGUUCGCGCCAGACCUGAGUUCGUUAACUAUGCUAAGAAAGCCAAGCGGGUUGAUGUCAAGAAAUUGAAGGAAAACAUCUGGAAAGAACUCGAAGAGCUCACCACGGAAAUGGAACUUGAAGCUAACGCAAAUGAUCAUCACGGAGAGACUGAAGAUUCUUUAGAACAAGAAGCCGAAAACUCAGAAGGCGACGGAGCGACAAAGAAAAAGAAGACAAAAACAUUUACUAAAGUGAUCAACGGGUUAAGGUCGAUGUACCCACGAGAGAAGAUGGAAGAGAUCAGCACAUCGUUCUGUUUCAUAUGUUUACUUCAUCUAGCUAACGAGAAAGGUCUAAGCAUCCAAUCAAUCAACCAUUCAAAUCAGCAAGCUCUACCUUUAGAUUCCUCCACGCUCGAUGAUGGUAACAUAGAUGAUUCUACUCCGCUUCAACCAGAUGAUUCCAAGUUCGUUGGUCGAUUGGAAGAGUUAAAAAUAUUGAAAGGCAGCCUUUGA